UUUACACUACAGGCAACGAAUUUAUGUGAAUUUUGAUGUCAAUUAUCAUUGGCCACCGAACAAAGUCGACAUUUUGAUGUCAAUUGGCCACCGAACAAAGUCGACUAAUUAUUAUUAAUAAAGCCCUUUGGUGAUCGAUGCAAGAUAUUUUAUCACAUCACUACAGAGGUCUCACCAAAAGUUGUUUACAUUAUAUUUUUUUCAUUUCGGAAUGGAGGUGCAUAAAUGUCGGGCGUGUUUGUGUAAAGGAGAUACGGCAGACCUUCGAGAUUGGAAUUCAUCUAUGGGAGUCUGGAAUGAGUCCUUAACGUAUCAGGAAUGCUUUCAGAUUUGUACUCAAUUAGAUGUUAUCGCAGCGGAUGCCUCAUCCUCUUUCAUUAAAGAUAUGCGUUAUCUGUGUGGUUAUUGUAUUGAGGAGUUGAAAAUUUCAUACGGGUUCUUAAAAAAAGCCCAACGAUCUGCUCAUGAGCUUUACUUGAUGUCUGAAAAUAAAGAUUACAUAAAUGGAAUUGGAAAAAACUCAUUUGAAUAUGUGAAUAUGCAGGAUUCGGAACAAAAUAUCGACAUCCGAGAUAACAUAUCUCAUAAAGCGGAAUAUCCAACAACAAAAGACGACAUUAUGGCUCAAGAAACCGUAACGUUACCGGAAGUACUUAUUUCAAAUAACUAUAAGGAAGGCAACACCAAUGACAUACUUGAAGAUUUUACUGAUAUAACUUCUAAAGGAUCAAAUAGCAGUAUUGCAGAAAGCGCAGUGGAAGCUGGUACCGAUGGAAAAAUUUUUUUCAAAUUGGAAACCAAUGGAAAUCUAACUUCCCCAGAAUCUGAUCUAGUCGAUGAAGCUCUCCUUGACAAAAAUUCCAUACUCGUGUCACCAGUUACACCAGACAAAAAAAAAAUACCUAAAAAGCCUAUGCAAAAAAAAUGCCAAGAUGUGUAUAAACUGACACCUUGCGAAUAUUGCAAAAAACUGUUUCCAGAAAAUAAGUUAAAACAACACAAGUCUCGUUAUCAUAGACCAAAAAUCUUUCUUUGCGACAUUUGCCCAAGAUCUUUUAGCAUUGCUAAUAACCUGCGGAGACAUCAACGCACUCAUGAUAUGAACAGAGAACGAAAAUAUGCUUGUAGUGAGUGUGAUCGCACAUUUUUUACAGAAGACGUAUAUAGAACUCACAUAAAAAUUCACCAAUCAUCGCGACGACCGAAUUUCCAAUGUAAUCAUUGUGAUAAAGCUUUUAUGCAUAAAGGAAGUCUUACUCUACAUCUUCAGAAGCACACAGGUCCAAAAAAUGAAUGUAGCAUUUGCCAGAAACGUUACGUACGUAAAAUUGAUUUGGAAGUACACAUGCGUAACCAUUCCGGAGACUUACCUUAUAAGUGUUCAAAGUGCGAAAAAGCAUUUAUGACAACUAGCUCUCUAAGAAAGCAUGAAUUGCUUCACACUGGUGUCCGGUUCAAAUGUGAUUUAUGUAACAAGGAGUAUUCACAUCCUUCAAAAUUAUCUCGUCACCACCUAAAUCACACUGGAUUGCCCUUAAAAUGUGCAAUAUGUGACAAAGGAUUCGCUGAACCGAAUAAGAUUCGAAGGCAUAUCCGAAGCGUACAUAAGAUAGAAGACAAUUCUCAAAUAACUAAACUCAUGGUUAAAGUUUCGGAAAUUGUUGGGAGUUUAAAGAAGGAUUAAAACUAUUUACAUUUUUUAAUUAUCCGAAACUAAACUUUUAUUUUUUUUACUUUAUUAUUUGUUAUAUCUCUAUUAUUCAAUAAUUCUUUGUGACAACGUUAUAUAGUUUUAUUAUCUUUCAUUUUUUAUCAGGAAGUAAGAACCGCUUAACUUUCCUGGAGGAGUUAAGUUCUUGCUUUCAAAAUAUCAGCUUCUCGCUUUCAAAAUAA